CGCGGUAGGAGAGCGGGAGCCUGCUGAGCCGUGAAGCCGUGGUGUUCUCAAGCCAGGGGCGCCUCAAGCGGCACGGGGAAUCUGUUGUCAUGGACGGAGACAAGGAGCAUGACAAAGUUGAAGAUGUUGUGGGCAGCCACGUUGAGGAUGCUGUAACAUUUUGGGCACAGAAUGUCAGUAGAUGUAAUGACCUCUUGAAAUUAAGUUGUGAGCUGGCAGAAGCUUGUCCCCAGGCUAAUGCAGUUUUUGGCAAACCUGAUUUUAGUAAGAUUUAUGGUGGCUGUUUUUCUGAAGAUAGAUGUUGGUACAGGUGUAUGGUACAGCAAGUGAUCAACGAUGAAAAGUGUCAGGUAUUGUACAUAGACUAUGGAAAUUCUGAGGUUCUGAAUAGAUCAGACAUAGUGGAAAUUCCACUGGACUUGCAGUGUCCGAGCAUUGCCAAGAAGUACAGACUCCAGGGACUGCAGAUACCAGCUGAUCAGAAUGUGAACAUGUUUGACGAGGGGAAGAAGUUCUUGAGCAGCCUAGUUUUUGAAAAAGAAAUAAAAAUACAUCACAAGGCCAAGCUCGAAGAUGGUGCCAUCAUUGCCCAGGCAGAAUAUGAAAAGAUAGAUAUUGGAGAAGAGGUGGCCAAGGCAGGGUUUGCUGAAAGAUGCCCGUCUCCAGGAUACACUAAAGAGGCAGAAGAGAAGAAAGCAGAUGUCAUGCAAAUACAAAAUCGGAAGAUAAAGAUUUCAGUUCCGCUGUGGUUAAGCAGGUCUGAUCACACGAUGCGCAACUCCCCAAGAGGGCGCGUUGAGCAAGGACCUGCCGGUGCCAGGAACUGGAAUUUUCCUGGAAACCGGAUGUUUGCCCCAAAGGAAAAGGUGCUAGGUUUCACCUCAGUGCCAGACACCAGCUUGGCACAAGUAAGACCAGAUCAGAAGCUGCCCGAAGAGAAAGAAGUUCUGAGAAGGGAGAAUCUAGACCUCUUGCAGAGGCAGAAGGAACUAGAACUGAAGGUUCAACAGCUGAAAUGUGAGCUUCAGAAAGAAAAGGAACUGUCCAGGAAAACUGCUGAAAGUUUUGAGAAGACCCUGAAUACUUACAUAGGAACGAAAAUGAGAAGUUUGGCUGCUAAGGUGAAGGCACUGAAAGAAGUUAGGCAUGCAAAUAAGACCAGUCAUUUUGGGGAGCAGCUCUCGGAAGCCAUAAAAGUGGUUACAGAAGGAUGUCUCACUGUUCCAUGUUCCUUGGAAAAACUGAAGAAGAUUUGGACAGAGUAUGACUUGGCUCAAGAGAGGAUUCAGUUAUGCACAAACGUGGAUGAAAUAGAUGAAUUUAUUAGCAAGAGAGAUGAGGUGCAGCAGAACUUGUAUUCAGCAGCAAAAGAAUUAAUUUUGGAAGUGGAUCAACUGCCCCUCUCUGAGCGCUCAAGAACGUUACAGAAACUGUCUGCUUCUCUGGAGAUAUAUGGUCAAGGUUCUGAAGCAGAUGACUCUGAGGAAGUAUUUCAAGAAUUCUUUAAGUGGAAGAAUAUUAAAAUGGAGAAAUUAAUUUGUGUCAGAAAUGAUACAGACACAGCUCUGCGAGUUCUUGCUGACUGGUUCAGUGGCGUCUUAAAGUGUUUUGAUCUGAUGUCAGAAGCAUCUUCAGAGCUAGAGAAAGUGGUUGACAAUGCAGAUGAAAUUCUCAAAAAGGUUGAGUUGGCUAUUUGUGAAGAACUGGAUGCUGACUUAAAUGAGCAUGAUGAAGCAGAGAAGAGAAUAAUUAUGAGUGCUUACAAUAAAGUUAUAUAUAAAGUUCGUCAAGAGCAAAGUAUGAUCUCUGUCAUAGAGAACAGGUACUUGGACAGUGUUGAGUUCAAAAAACAGGCAGAGGAAUGGCUGAAUAGAAGACCCAAUAUUAACAACUUACUGUCAAUUAAGAAAACUGUGAAAUCAUUAAAGGCCCAGUUGAGGUGGAAGCUGGUUGAAAAGAACAACUUUGAGGAAUCUGAUGAUUACAGUGAGUGUGAAAUGACAAGAAUAAAAGAGGAAAUUGCUGAUGUGCGAAAUAGGGUUCUUCAGGAAAUAGCCAAGGAACAAGAAGAAUAUGAGAAGCUUACAUGUUUGGUACAGAAAUGGUUCCCUGAGUUACCACUUCUUUAUCCAGAAGCAGGAAUUCUAAACUAUAUGAACUCCAGCGGACUCCUGACACGCAGCCUGGAGCGAGAUCUUUUGGAUGCUGAGCCCAUGAAGGCACUGAGCACAAAGCGACCGUUAGUGUGUUCAGAAAUUUGGGGUCAGAAGGUUCUUUUAAAGGGCUACUCUGUAGAUGUAAGCUCAGAAGCCAAAGUCAUAGAAAAUGUUGCCAAGUAUCACAGAGCUUGGAAUCAACAGAAAGAGAGAUCUGGAUUAUUACAACUGUUGUUCCUUCUUUUCUGCAAGUCUGAUCCUUUGGUAUAUUUAAUGGUCCCGUACUACCCAGGAGCAAGUCUGGGAGCUUUACAGGCUGAUACACCUUUAACUUUAGAAGAGUCAUUAAAAGUGAUGAAAGGAGUGGCCAGAGGUCUACAAACACUGCACGGAGCUAAUAUAGUACAUGGAUCUCUGAAUGGAAAUAAUGUUUUUGCUGUGGAUCGAAAACAAGGAAUCGUUGGAGACUUUGAUUUCACAAAAUCAGAGGAACAGCGUGCUGCUGCAAACACUAUGGUUGUCAGUACCUUGAGCUUAAUUUCUCCUGAACUGAAAAUGGGACAGCCAGCUUCUCCAGCCUCUGACAUGUAUGCUUAUGGCUGCCUUCUCUUCUGGCUCUGCAUUCAAAACCAGGAGUUUGGGAUAAAAGAAGAUGGAACACCUGAGGUGGAGGUGGUUGUCAUGGAUGAUAAAGUUAAAUCUCUGCUCCUGAAUUUGUUCUGCUGUAACAGACUGACAGCUGAGCAGGUGCUGAGGGAUGAUUGCUUCCUUGUAGUUGAUGAGAUUCCAGUUUCACCACAAGCAGGUGAAGAGCACGAGCCACAUGAGGAGUAUGAUUCUGAGAAGACAGAUAAAAAAAAAGUGAUAACUGAGGAGAAUGGAGCAAACCCUACUGAAUAGAUGAGGAACUUUUCCAUCAGGUGUUUGAUUGAGACUUCUGGUUUUGUUUGGUUUUGAAAUCAUUGUCCUCAUCUGAAAUCUGAAAAUAUAAAAGGCUUGGUAGAUGCAGUCAUGUUUUGUGAUUACACAAUCUUUGCUGCGUUUUCUUUUGUUUUAUUCUAAAUAAGUGUUCAGGGGUAUAAGUAUGGUGUUACCGAUUGUAUUCUUAGUAGUAAGCCUUUUUAUUUGUUAGGUUAGGCUUUAAAUUUACAGUGAAUAGUCUUGUUAGAUGCCAGAGAUCUUUAAGAUGAAGCUUUAGUGGUCUUCCUGCUAUGAUUCCAGAUAACAUGUUUGUCUUAAAGGUGCUCUAGGGAAUUAUCUGUUUGCUGGAAGUUUUUUAUUAUUGCAUGGACAAGUUGUUCCUACAGCAACUGCCUUCAGUAUUUAAGGAAAAAAAGAAAGUACUGCUCUGACAGCUGGUAGAGGAAAUGGUGAGCAGCCUGCCUCUCUUCUCUCUUUCUGCAUUUGAAGAAUGCAGUUGGCUUUCUAGAGAGCAGGCAUCAUCCUAGUUGUUCCUUUGCAGUGCUGCUGCCAACCAAAAUACUAUACACGUACCUUUGCAAAAACUACUGCUUAUUAGCUCUACAUAAGUGUGUGUAUAUAUUAUAUGUACUUAAAUGUUGUUUGCAAUAGCUGUAAAGGUGUGAUUUUCAUGAGCAGGUUUGUUUGCCUGGAACACUUUGCUGUUAAUGAUACCGUUGAAGGAGUUUUGUCAUCUCUUCAUUUUUACAGGAAAUUGUUUCUUAUCUUUGUGAAGGUUUUCAUUUCUUCUCAGAAGCAAACAGGUCAAAAUGUGCAGAGUUGCUGUAGCAGUCUGUUUAGCCUCUGGGUGUUGCUCUUGGACAGCACUGUUUGCAUACUAGUAGUUUGUAGAGGAAUGUUUGAAGCUGCAUGUUGUCAGAUGAAGACUGCAAAAAUGCAGUAUGUAAUGAGCAAGAAGCAGCACCAGGGGAAUUGAGAAGCCCUCAGGUAUGAUAGUACAGUCCAGAGUGGAUAGAAGAUACCACCUUGGCAGGUCCACCGCUGAUAUUGGCUUUCUACCCUUAAAUCUGUUAGAUUUUUUUAUAUGGAACAGCAUUUAAGAUGUGUCAUCCUUUUUUCAUUAAAUGAUAAUGAUUUUUUUUUUUUUUAAUUUCUGUAAUAACUAAUGCUAGCACAACCUUUGUUAAAAGUAUUUUUUAAUGUAGAAUUUUUGGUUAGCGUGAUAAAUAUUUUCAUUACAGAAAUCACAGAAGAAUACCAGCUUGGGUUUUGUCAAUGAAAAGAAACAGUGUAGCAAUUUUGAAAUGCUUUCUAAGUAACUGAUUGCAGUCUUUCGCUGUUAUUAAAAGGCUAGCUUUGGUUUUAAUGAAUGUUAAACACUGAAUACAGGUUAGAAGACUAACCUGAUGGUUUGUGUCGUGCUGUGUCAUAUAUAUUAGAAUAAAUUUUUGCCCAGUU